AUGGGUAAUCCAUUGUCGCCUGCACUUGCCGAUUUGGUGAUGGAAACGCUACUUGAUCGCGUGAUGGAGACGAUCGACAUACCGAUUCCGUUUUUGAAAAAAUACGUCGAUGAUUUGGUCACCGCUCUCCCAAAAGACAAAAUUGAACAUGUGAGAUGUGCACUUAAUGCGUACAACUCACAUAUUCAAUUUACAUGCGAAGUGGAGAACAAUAACCGAUUGCCGUACUUGGAUAUGGUUCUAAUCAGAACGGAGAAACAAACAAUUGUCACCGACUGGUACAAAAAACCCGUCGCAUCGGGACGAUUGUUGAAUUUUUUCUCGUUCCACCCGCUCUCGCAAAAACUAAACACGGCUACCGGUUUCAUUGGGAGAGUUUUUCGGUUGUCGACGUGCAAAUCUAUUGUGGAGAAAAAGAAAACAGUGCGUGAAUACUUACUCCGCAACAACUAUCCUAGCUCGCUAGUUAAUAGACUAAUCAAUAGAUUUGUAAACAAACCCAACGUGGACAACCGAACGGACGGUGAUCAGACGGUAUUUAGAUCUCUUCAUCACGUUGAUUCCCUCACCCCGGCGCUUGCAAAAAUUAUAAAACGAAACCAGAGAAAUGUGCGUUUAGGUUGUAAAUGUUUGAAAACUAACGCAUCUCUUUUCUCCAAAUUGAAGGAUCCGACACCGAAACUUAUCAGACGCAAUGUGAUCUAUCGCAUUCCCUGCAUUGAUUGCGAUAGUUCUUACAUUGGUCUGACUACACAGCAACUGAAACAACGGUUGUCUGGACAUCGUUCAUUAAUACAACGAUAUAAAAAAUUCAAAUUAUCGGAUUCCGAAAAGACAGAGAGCAAUAUAGAUGAGUUCAAAAAAACCGCAUUGAUGGUUCAUAUGAUCGACAAUGAACACAGUUUUGAUCUGAACAAAACCAGAAUUCUCGAUCAAGAAAACAGAACUAAUGCGUUACAAAUAUUAGAAAUGUGCCAUAUUUUUACUGACAGUUCAACCAUUAACUUCAGAACCGACACGCAUAAUUUGAAUGCUGUAUACUCCGGUCUGUUGCUCUCUCUCACACAUUAA